AUGCCCGACCAAGCUCCUCUUAUCGACAGUGCCGAUGCGGGCGACGUGCGCAGAAUGUCUGCCGAAUCCGAUUCUUCCGUGUCGACCACGAGUCUCGUCUUCGAGCGCAUCAGCGAGCGCGUGUCGAAUAAUCGAUCAUCCUCCAAGCGACGAACCUCUCCCACCCCGCGCCGCAAUGGGUACGCCGACCACGACAGCCUCUCCGACUUCGACGAAGAGGACCCUCUCAAAGAGGAGCGCGAUGAUGACCUCGAGACCGGCCCGUUUCUGGCGUCCGCCGCUGUCACCGGUGGCAAGCGCAUGGACAAGAGCAUGAAGCGCCUGGUCAUCAUCAUCUCCGGCGUGUUCGUCGCCGCCUGGGUCGUCGCUCUCUUCGUCUACCUAUCGGCGCAAUCCUACAAGCACGCUUCCGAUUUCGAGCAUGACCCCCAAGCUACCGCCUCGCGUGGACACGGCAAGAGCGUGUCGAUGGACCAGCUGCAGUCGGGCUUCUGGUACAGCAAGAGCCACUCCAUCAGCUGGAUCCGCGGCGCCGAUGGCGAGGAUGGGCUGCUGAUGGAGAAGGAUGUGCCGGGCAAGGACUACCUUAUUGUUGAGGACGUGAGGAGCCAGAACCCGGAUGCUGUGGCUGCGACUGGAGCUCAGCUGGCGAGCAGCAAGACCUUGAUGAGGAACGGCCCGUUCAUCUAUGCCGGGAGACAAUAUGUGCCAUCCUCGGUCGAGCCGAGCCCGAAUCUGCUGAAGGUGUUGAUUGCUACAGACCUCCAGUCAAACUGGCGACACUCGUCAACCGCAUUGUAUUGGAUCUUGGAUGUCAACCAGCAGAGUGUUGAGCCACUGGACCCCAAGAACCCGGGAGAUCGAAUUCAGCACGCAAGCUGGAGUCCAACCAGCGAUACCAUUGUUUUUACAAAAGAGAAUAACAUAUAUAUGCGACGGAUUGGCUACAAUGAAAUUACACAAAUCACGAAAGACGGAGGCCCUGAGCUCUUUUAUGGUGUGCCUGACUGGGUCUAUGAAGAGGAGGUACUUGGUGGUCCAAGUGCAACAUGGUGGAGCGAGGAUGGCAAGUAUAUCGCCUUCCUGAGGACGAACGAGACCGGAGUACCGGAGUACCCCAUUCAGUAUUUCAUCGACCGACCUAGUGGUGAAGAGCCCUCGCCCGGAGAGGAGAGCUAUCCUGAGGUCCGGCAGAUCAAAUACCCCAAAGCGGGUGCCCAUAACCCAGUGGUGGAUCUGCAGUUCUACGAUAUCAUCCGUGGGGAUGUCUUCUCCGUAGAGAUAUCCGACCAAUUUGCGGACGACGACAGACUCAUCACAACGGUCGUUUGGGCCGGUAGAAAGGUUUUGAUCAAGGAGACAAACCGCAUCAGUGAUGUCAUGCGUGUGGUCCUCGUCGAUGUCGAAUCCAGAACUGGGAAGACUGUGAGAACUGUUGAUGUCGGCAAGCUAGAUGGCGGUUGGUUCGAGAUCUCUCAGAAUACGCGAUACAUCCCAGCCGACGGUAACAAACAACGUCCAAAUGACGGAUACAUCGACACGGUGAUCUAUGAGAAUAAUGAUCACCUCGCUUACUUCACCCCACUAGAUAACCCAGAGCCAAUCAUGCUCACCAAGGGUGACUGGGAGGUGGUAGAUGCGCCAUCUGCUAUCGACUUGGAUCGGAAUCUUGUCUACUUUGUCUCAACAAAGGAGUCUUCAAUCCAGCGCCACGUUUAUAGUGUCAAGCUUGAUGGGACGAAUCUACAAGCUUUCACAGAUGCUUCUGUGGAGGGCUACUAUGCCGUUUCUUUCUCCAGCGGAGCGGGCUAUGCUUUGGUUACCUACGCUGGCCCAAAUAUCCCCUGGCAGAAGGUCCUGAGCACACCAAGCAACCCCACACCGUAUGAGCAUCUUGUUGAGGACAACAAGGAGCUGGCAGAACGUGCAAAGCAGCAUGAAUUGCCCAUCAAAAUCUAUGGCAAGCUCAAGGUCGAUGGUGUUGAUCUGAACUACGUCGAGCGCCGACCGCCACACUUCGACGCGAAGAAGAAGUACCCUGUUUUGUUCCAACAGUACAGUGGCCCCGGCUCUCAGCAGGUAAUGAAGAGAUUUGCGGUGGACUUUCAGUCUUACAUCGCGUCUCUGGGCUAUAUAGUCGUGACCGUCGAUGGCCGCGGUACUGGCUUUAUUGGGCGGGACAACCGUGUCCUCAUCCGCGGAAAUUUGGGCAAAUGGGAAUCACACGAUCAGAUCGCCGCUGCCAAACACUGGGCCGGCUUGAACUACGUCGACGCAUCGAAGAUUGCUAUCUGGGGUUGGUCAUACGGCGGGUUCAUGACCCUCAAGACGCUGGAGCAGGAUGCGGGCGAGACCUUCAGCUACGGCAUGGCCGUUGCGCCUGUCACGGACUGGAGGUUCUACGACUCCAUCUACACGGAAAGGUACAUGAAGACGCCGCAGGAGAACGAGGCUGGCUACGACGACACUGCGAUCAGCAACGUCACUGCGCUUGGCUCCAACGUUCGGUUCCUGAUCAUGCACGGCAUCGCCGACGACAAUGUGCACAUGCAGAACACGCUCACGCUUCUGGAUAAGUUGGAUCUUGCUGGGAUUGAGAACUAUGAUGUCCAUGUCUUCCCGGAUAGCGAUCACGGCAUCUACUUCCACGGUGCCAACAGAAUUGUCUACGAUAGUAAGUACCCGCAUGGCUUCUACGACGAGUUCUAA